GUCGAAUGAGCCUUAACUGCGUCAUUUCCGAAACAGGAGCGCGGUAUGGGUGCAUGACAGAAAGCUCCACACUACUACCAUACUAGUACUUUUCUCAAAAACUUCGAUACUAAGUAGUUGGAAUUUGUAUUGAUCUUUGACUUUUGGCACCGAGGUGCCACCCUAUUCUGUGAUUUAAGAUGAGUGACGACCCUGACUCUUUCCCCGAGAGGGAAAUGAAGGAUUUUCAAUUCCGACAGAUGAAGAAAAUCCGCGUCUUUGACUCGCCAGAAGAGUUACCAAAAGACAGAUCCAAUUUGCUUGCAGUGUCGAAUAAGUUUGGACUGACAUUCGUGGGGCUUGACCGAACACUGAAAGUUUUCUUUACGAAGGACAUCAUUGAUGCCGUCAAGGACGUGGGCAACCCAAAUGAAAUCGUGGAGGGGGUAAAAGCUCUGGAGGUGCCAGUGGAGUUGCCCCUGCACCACCUGGCUCUGAGCAGUGAUGAGCUCACUGUGUCCGCCUGCGGGAUGUCCGAGGAGGCAGGACUCUCCAUGGCCUUCUACGACGUGCGCUCCUUUCUCAACAAGGCCAGGCAGGAGAAGGCCCCUUUCGCGUCUUUGCGGCCAGGCAGUGACUCGGGCACCCUGGUGCAGGACCUCAAGUGGAACCCAGUGCAGGCGUCCAUGCUGGCUGCCUGUCUGUCGGACGGCAGCAUGAUGGUCCUGGAGGUCACCAGUGAGGUCAAGGUGACAGCCCAGCUCCCCCCCGCCGUGGGGAUCACCUGCGUGUGCUGGAGCCCCAAAGGAAAGCAGGUGGCAGCUGGGAAGCAGGAUGCUACAGUCAUCCAGUACACACCAGCCCUGCAGGAGAAGAAGGUGAUCCCCUGUCCGAGCUUCUACAGCUCAGACAACCCUGUUAAAGUGCUGGACGUGUUGUGGCUGAGCACCUUUAACUUUGCGGUGGCGUAUGCAGCAGCGGACGGCUCCCCGGAGACGCCCCCCGAGCUUGUGGUCGUGUCCCUGCCCAAAAAGGAUGAGAAAAGGGCAGAGCGGUAUCUGAACUUUAAUGACCUGGUGUACGGCACCUGCACAGAGAGACAGCACCACUACUUCCUCUGCCACAUUGAGGACUGGGAUCUGGUGCUUGCUGCGUCUGCAGCCUCCAUUGAGGUCAGCAUCAUCGCCAAACAGGAGGAUAAACAGCAGCCUGCGACUAAUUGGGAGCUGUGGCUGCUGGAGGAUGCCAGCAGGGCGGAGCUUCCUGUCACUCAGAACAGCGAUGACACACUGCCAUUGGGUGUCGCAAUCGACUUCACCAGUCAGGAUGAGAUUCACAUCUCGGACGAUAAGAAGCUUCCUGCGGCCCCCACGCUGAUGAUGCUGUCCACGGACGGCGUGCUGUGCCCCUUCUCCAUGAUCAACAUGAACCCAGGGGCCAAGCAGCUGGUCGCCCCGGCAACCAGCCUAGCCCUGGACGGGGAGAGGCCACCCAGCGCAGGCAUUUCUGCUGCAGCCCCCACCCCACGAGCCCCUCCCAGCACCUUUCCGCCCCUUCGUGCCCCUGUCAGCAGCUCCACACCUCCCCCUCCUGCAACUGCCACCUCAUCUGCCCCUGCCCCUGCUCCUGCCCCUGUCUCAGCUCCUGCCCCUGCCCCUGCUCCUGCCACUGGCUUCUCCUUCGGCUCUGCCCCCCCUGCCACCUCCUCCUCCUCCAUCUUCUCUCUGGGCUCUGCUGCCCCCCCUGCGGCCUCCACUGCUGCCCCCCCUGCCUUCUCCUCCUCCGCUGCCCCCCCUGCCUUCUCCUCCUCCGGCGGGGUUUUCUCAUUCUCCGCGGCCUCCAAGCUGCUGCCGGUGUCCGGCGCCCCGGGACCCGCUGCCUCCGCCUUCUCCUUCAGCGCCCCCUCCGUGGCCAAGCCCCCCCUGGUGGACCCCGGUGGUCCUGCGGCGCUGACGCCAUCGGUGGUGGUGGCGGCGGCCGCCUCCCCUGCCCUGGUGCCAGGCCCCACGCCACAGCGGCUGGCCACCGCAUCCCCGCUCACCAUCGCCAAGGAGCCAGCCACGCCUGCCAUCAGGCUCAACCUCAACGACAGGUUUUCAUCACUGGAGACCCCUGCUCCAUUCUCCUUCUCCUCCCCCAAACCCAGAUCUGCCCCUGAGGCCAGCGCCCCUGGAGCACCCCCAUCAGUCACCAGCAAACCAGCAGCAGUGCGGCCAGUUCAGACCAGUACGGCUACUCCAGCGCCACCCAAAGUGGUCCAGACUGCACCUCCUCAACCCCAGACCAGCACACCUGAACAGGCUGCUGUGUCGGUGAAGGCUCUGGAGAAACAGCAGCUGAAAGACUCAGACCCCGUCAUGGCGGGCAUCUUGGAGGAGAUUGCCCACUUUCAGAAGGAGCUGGAUGAGCUGAAGGCUCGGAGCAGCAGGACGGACUUCAGGGUGGGCAGCAUCGAGGAGAUGAGGGAACUCCGCAAGGAGUCCGAGGACCUGCACGUCUUCACCCUGGAGAUUAAAGAGACCACAGAGUCUCUCCACGGAGAUAUCAGCACGCUAAAGACGACGUUGCUGGAGGGCUUUGCGGGGGCCGAGGAUGCUAAGGCUCACUGUGAGCUCAACAACGACCCCAGCUACCUCCAGCUUCUCUACAAGAAACCCCUCGACCCACGCAGAGAGGACCAGCUCAAGGAGAUCCGGCGGCUGUACCAGUAUGUGAAGUUUGCGGUGGAGGAUGUGAACGCCGUGCUGGAUGUGGAGUGGGAGAAACAUCUGGAGAACAGGAAGAAGCAGAAGCACAUGGUCAUCCCUGAGCGGCACGUGCUGUUCAACGCGCUGGCCAACAACCUUGAGAUCAUCACGCAGCAGAAGCUGAAGCUGGACCAGCUGCUGCGUGACCUGCACAGCCUGCGCCUCUACAGCAAGACGGCCGCCUGGACCACCCCCAGCCUGCCCUCUACCGCCCCCUCUGGACAGAGUCUUGACAAAGAGCUGGAGGGGCUGAGGGACGCGCUACUCAAAGCCAGUCUGGAGACGUCCCCCAAGACCACCUCCAAAUCUCCAGGCAAAAUGACUCCAGCUAAGCAGUCCCAGCUCAGGAAUUUCCUCUCGAAACGCCAGACCCCACACGUCCGGUCUACAGCUCCAGCCAGCCUGUCCCGCUCAGCCUUCCUCUCCCCCAAGUACUACGAGGAUCUGGACGACGUCAGCUCCACGUCCUCGCUGUCGCAGGCUCUGGAGGUGGAGGAGCCGGGGGCGCUGCAUGUGGAGGAGGAAGAGGAGGAGGAGGAGGAGGUGGUCGCUCCGCUGCCCGUGGCCCCCCCUGCUAUGCCCCGCCACCCCGCUGUGGUCCGGACGCCCUCCAUCCAGCCCGGCUUCAGCCUGCAGUCCACGCCCUUCAGCAAGACCAGCCCGGCCCUGGGACUGGGUGCCGCCAUCAGCCCGAUACCGACCAAUAAUAUCAAUCUGGGCGGGGCCGAGAGCACAGCCCUGGCCACUAAGACUGUAAAACACGGAGCUCCGCCUACCGAGAAGGCCACGCCCCUCCCCCUCCCCGCCCAGCAGGCUGCCGCCAACGCCGCCCUCCGCAGACAGAUGGCCAAUCAGAAGCCUGUGGGGACUUCUCUGACCGAAUCAACUCUGAAGACGGUGCCCCAGGUGGUCAACGUGCAGGAGCUGAAAGACAAGGGGCCCACCAUGCCCAUCUCCACGGUGAUCAGUUCGUCUGUUCCUGCCCCAGCAGUCCAGGUGAUUCAGCAGGUGUUGGCGACGACUACCAACCAGGCUAAACGGGGACCUGUGAAGGUGACCUCUGCUCCGCCUGAAGCCACCACGCCAGCCCAGACCGGCUUUGUGUUCGGUGCGGUGACCAAAGCAGACGGUCCAGCAGCCACUGCAGCGUCCAGUGCGUCAACAGCAGGAGGGGAACAGAGCAGCAAGACCUUCAGCUUCUCAGCAGGGCCAGCCGCUGGUUUCUCCUUCUCCUCUGCACCACAAACAGUGAAAGAUGCCGGGUUGCCCAAGUUCUCCUUCGGCAGCAGCAGCAAGCUAUUUGGAGGUGCCGCUGACGAGACCUCCUCCAUCUUCCCCCCCAAAUCCACCUCCCCAGCACUAGGGGGCAGCACCAACGCCCCCACCCCUCCCCCCGUGGUGUCGGGGGAGCCGGUGAAGCUGACGUCGGCUGCGCCUGCGCUGAGAGGGGAGCCGCAGGCCCCCAAGCCGGCCGCCGUGGCGCCAGGCGGCGCCGGGGAGACGCUGGGCAGCUUCUAUGGCCUGCGUGUGGGUCAGGGCGAUGAGGAGGCCAAAGAGGCGCUCAAGGGCUUCAGCUUCGGCCAGCCGGCCAAUGGGAAGGGCGGCGGCGGAUUCGGCCAGUUCAGCUUCGGGAGGCCAGCGGAGACGGUGGGUAGUGGCCAGACGGAAGCGUCCGGCGCCCCCUCUUCCGCCGCAGCGGCGGCCGUGUCCGCGCCCAGCAGUAGCGUCUUCAAACCUCCAGAGUCGACGCCGGGAGCCUCCAAGCCGGCGUUCUCCGUGACGCACCCCAACACCUUCAGCCUGCUGACCGCUCCCCUGCCCCUCGACGGCACCGGCUCCGUUGAGGGCUCGGUGGGCUCCAGCGAACCCAGCCCACCUGCGGACGCCUCGCAGGCCCAGAGCGCUCCGAGCAUCGUGCCCGUCAGCCCCUCCCCGCCCCUGUCCGUGGAGGGCAGAGUGACCCCAGCAGCAGUCGCCGCAGACAAGCCACCCACGCCACCCUCCCCUGCUCUGGUGGUCUCGCCCACCCCCCCUCCCUCGUCCGUCACCCCCCCAGCUGAGACCGCCCCCACCCCAGCCCCCACCCCAGAUCCCGCCGCCUCGGCUGGAGCCGAGCCCCCUGCGCCUGCCUCCACCCUGACUCCAGCUCCUGCCCCCGAGGCCGCCCCUGCCGCCCCUGCUGCCCCUGACUCCAGCACCCCCGCCCCGCUGGCACCCCCCACCUCGGACAAACCCGGCUCCAUCUUCGGCCAGCCGCCACCCUACGUGGCAGCGGUGGCAGCGGCGGCAGCGGCCGCGACCCCUACGCCCCCCCCCGGCAACCGAAAGCACCACCCUCGGCAGCACACCCUCGGCCUGUCCAGCCUCACCACGGUCAUCAGCACGGCCGCUCCCGCCACCACCCCCACCCCGACCCCGACCACUGCUGCGCCUGCUGCCGUCACCUCUGUGUUUGGCCAGCCGCCAACCCCCCCACUAGCGCCCCUGCCACAGGCUUCGGCGCGCCCCCCCCCACCGACAGGAUUCGGGGCCCCCGCCCCCGCUGGACCUCCCACUGCCCCCUCCUCCACCCCCGCGGCCCCCGCUGGAGCGUCCACGCCGCCGACGGGCUUCGGCGCGCCAGUGUUCGGCCAGGUGGGCGCGUUCGGCCAGCCGGUAGCGUCCACUGCUGUGGCGGGGGCACCGGGCUCUGCCAGCAGCUUCAGCUUCGGUCAGUCCAGCUUUGGCGCCGCUGCUCCCGGCUUCGGGCAGCCCGCCGCGUCCACUGCCCCUGCGCCAGCGGCCUCCUCCUCCGCGAGCGGCGGUGGUCUUUUCGGCGCGUCCUCGGCUGCUAGCAGCGCUAGCUCCUUCUCGUUUGGCACCAGCGCGGCCGGAUCGGCGGCCAGCACCGGUGCUGGCGGAGGCUCGCUGUUUGGUCAGAGUGGCACGCCCGCCUUCGGCCAGCAGAGCUCUGGCUUCGGACAGGGAUCUGUGUUUGGCAGCAACACCACCACCACCUCCUCCACCGGAUUCAGCUUCGGGCAGCCCUCAGGCUUCGGGAGCACCCCCACCUCCUCAGUCUUUGGACAGCAGCCCAGCAGUGGAGGCAUAUUCGGACAGGCUCCAUCCAGUGGAAGUCUGUUUGGCGCUGGAUCAGCGGCCUCUGCGCCGCCCCCCUCUGGCUUCUUCAGCGGCCUGGGGGGCAAACCCAGUGAAGACGCCGCCAACAAGAACCCCUUCGGAGCUACCACCGGCGGGCCAGGGUUUGGCCAGCCCAACCAAGCAGGCUCCAGCGGUCUGUUUGGGAACAGUGGGGCCAAGAACUUCAGCUUCGGGGGCUCGUCCUUUGGGGAGCAGAAACCCAGCGGCACCUUCAGCACUGGGGCCGGCAGUGUCGCUACGCAGGGGUUCGGAUCCUUUGGGUCCUCACCCACUAAGCCAGGUGGGUUUGGCAGUGCUCCGGUGUUUGGCAGUCCGCCAGCGUUCGGCGGAGCCCCGGCGUUUGGGGCAGGCGCCGCGUUUGGCUCGAGCCCCUCCUUCAACAGCCCCAUGGCCCCCAGCGCCGGGAAGGUGUUCGGAGAGGGGACCGCCGCCGCCAACAUGGGAGGAUUCGGGUUUGCAUCUCCUCAGAACACACCCACCUUUGGCAGUAUAGCCAAUCAGAGUGCUCCGUCCUUUGGGAAUCUGGCCCAGCAGAAUCCUGGGUUUGGUUCGACAGGAGGAUUUGGGUCUCCUAGUGGAUUCGGAGGUGGUGGUGGAGGAGGUUUUACGGGGGGUUUUGGAAGCACCAAUCAGUCUUCUCAGUCCACUUUCGGCGGUUGGAGAAGAUAGUUAAUGUAGAGACUGCCUGAGAGCUCGACCUACGUGUCUGCAAUCAAGCUUUUAACGAGCAAACGAAUGAAUGCAUUGAUGGACAAGCCGCCGAGAGGAUAGGAAGAGGAGAGAA